CGAGAGAGCGCGAUACACACACGCGCAUCGAUAUUGCGCGUAAAGAAAAGUCGAAGCGCUGUAGAAGACCAGUACCGUUGUAUAAAAAGUCUUGUGUGCCCAUUGCUUGGGUGUUUUGUACAAGAAGUGUGGUUUCUUCGCUAUUUAUGUAAUUACGCAUCUUAUCUGACAUUAGAAAAGUACGUUAAGCUGUAGGUUGUCACAAGGAGUGUUAUUUGACGCAGGAUCCAUACUGCCAUAAGUCUGAAAGUUAUUUUGAUAUCCCUACAAUCUGACAAUCGCCAUUGGUAAAAGCAUAAUGCUAAAAAGGAUACAACUGGAAUGCAGAGGAAAGAAGCCCGAACAGAUCAAAGAGCUGAAUCUUGACAACAGAAGAACAACUGGUGAAGUUGAAGGGUUAACUGAUGAAUUUGUUGGAUUGGAAGUAUUAUCUAUGAAUAAUGUUGGUCUCACAACUUUAAAAGGCUUUCCAGCAUUACCAAAAUUGAAAAAGUUGGAACUCAGUGAUAACAGAAUAUCGGGUGCUCUUGGAAUGUUGAAAGGCUGCGAGUCAUUGACACAUUUAAAUCUCAGCGGAAAUAAAAUAAAAACGAUUGAAACAUUAGAGCCACUGGCUAGUUUAGAAAACUUGAGAACACUUGAUUUGUUCAAUUGUGAUGUUACAAAUGAGGACAAUUACAGAGAAAAAGUUUUUGAGUUGAUCCCCGAUUUAAAAUAUCUCGAUGGAUUUGAUAAGUUUGACAAGGAAGCUGUAGAUUCGGAAGAUGAAGGUGAUGUCGAAGAAAGUGGCGACGAAGGGUUGGAUGAAAGUAAAGAUGAAGAUGAUCUUGUUGAUGAAGAUGAGGAAGAAGAUGAAGAGGAUGCAGAAAUCAUUGAAAACGGAGAUGCUUUAGCGGAUGAGGAAGAUGGUGAUGAUGACGACGAAGAGGAGGAAGAAGAAGAGGAGGAUGAUGAAGAAUUAUCCAACGAUGUUUCAAUUACCGAGAUCAUUGAUCAGGAGGAAAAUGUGCCACAAUCGAAAAAUGAAGAUAAUGCAGAGGAAGAUGAUGAGGAGGAGGAGGAUGACGACGAUGAUGAGGAUGAUAAUGAAGAAGAAGUUGGAUUAGAUUAUCUGUAUCAGAAUGAUAUAAAAGAUGAUGAAGAAGAGGAAGAUGAUGAUUAUAAUGAAAAUGAAGUUGAGGAAGAAGACGAUGAUGAAGAUGCCGAUAUUGACUUUGAUGAAUCUAGAGAAGUUUCAGUGGUAGCCACUCCCCCUCCCCGCGGCGCGAAAAGGAAACGAGAGUCCGAAGAUGAAAAGAACAUACCAGAGAAAGCUGCCAAAGGUGACGCGUGACCAUCUUAUAAAUAAAACUGAAACGCGUUGACUCGACCGCCGGAUCAAGAUAUACCCCACGGAUCAAACUUAAAGGCUUGUCUGAAUUCAAAUCUUUCGGGCCACAAUGUUGCAAAUGGUGGCGCAAUGGUGCAAACUCAGAUAUACUCGAAAUGGAACCCACUUUUCAUUCAAUUUCAUACUUGUCUUAAGAAAGAACAUAUUGGUAAUCCACAAUCCAGUUUUUUUUGUAACUGUACUGAUAUCAGCACUGCCCUGAAUACUGUAGCUAAGCCGUUUCCUUUCUUUUUUUUUAAUUUUCAAGUUUUAUAAUUGUGGCAUAAUGCUGUUAAGAUUAUAAAGAUCGCCAGUUCAUUUUGUUCUCUGCAACAUAAAAUAGAAAACACAUAAUGUGAACAUGGGCACCACGACAUGUGCUAACCUUGAGGUUUUUCUGAAAUACGAGAUAGCUAACUUCUAAUGCAACCUGGAAUGCUCAAUUGUAUUGAUGGGAUUUUUUGUUGAUUAAAUUUUUUUUCUUUCGAAUUGCCGCAACGUGUACUCACCAGAAAAUGUUCAUGUCUCCUAAAUUACUUCCAGAUAAAUAUAUUGUUGGCUUGUUAGACCCUUUCUAUCUGCCAGCUGUAUGCAGGUUACGAGCCUAUGGAACAGUGGUUGAGAUUUAAAUUACAUAUAUGUUUGCAUAUGCCUCUAUUUGAUCUCCAUCUCAAGAAAAUCAACAGUAGUAACAGUCUCCUUUCUUCUGCCAUUUUGUGGUGAUAAAUAGGUAGUUACUUCCCACUGUUUCAUCAUUUACUUGAAGGUGUGUCGAAAAUGGUCCUGUGGUCCAAUUGUAUGAACCCUAGCCUUCUGCAAAGUAUUAUAUCUAUCCUAACCCACAACAUAACAUGAUUUCCCUUUUCAUAUAAAUACUCUUAAGAUCUUCGGCCAAAGUAUUAAAUCAAUUCUAACAUGCAUUUCACUUCAUGUGCUUACUUUCAAACAACUUUCCCGCAAUAUAAAUCUAUCAUAACUCAAAACAGUGAGACAAGUGUGGUAAAGAGGGAACCAGUGGGACACCGCAUUUUUUUUCGAAACCCUGUUUAAUUGAAUUUAUAUCCUAUAACCACUUCUAUUGAAUCAGAAGCAGGAACUUCCUUGUUGAUCUCGUACUCCCUACCGAUGACUAGCACAUUGUAUCUGGAUAUUUUCUAGCUGGUUUGUUUAUCAUCUGUCUAUUACAGUGCGUUUCUUCUUCUUUUUUUUGAAUUCUUUAAUAUACAUCGUCGUUCUUCUUGUUUAUUAUAUAUACUUGCAAUUUU